CGACUUCCUGAAAGUGACAGAAUGAAAGUUGAAAAAGAGGAAUUAAACCAAACUUAGUUCAGUUUUUCCUCUUGAAAAUUUAACCAAGAAGCAUUCAAAAUUGGAACAGUCUUCUCAUCAUGACUGAAAAGGAUUUUUUGCGAGACAAGCAUGUAAAGUUUUUUAUACGCACUUUAAGAGUUCUACCAUCCAGCCUAUCAUCACUAGACACUAACAGAAUGACAGUGGCCUUCUUUGCUUUGUCCGGGCUGGACGUCCUGGGUGCAAUCAAUGUACUGGAGGAAGAACACAAACAGAUGAUUGACUGGAUUUACUCACUGCAGGUUUUACCACACGCCUCAGGGUCAAAUCGACAGCAGUGUGGAUUCCGUGGUUCGUCAACAUUAGGUCACAGUUAUAUUCCCGAAACGGCUCGGGAAAAGCUCAUUCCAUAUGACAGCAGUCACAUCGCCAUGACGUACACUGCUCUCGCCUCACUGCUCAUUCUUGGCGACGACUUUUCACGCGUAGACAGGAUGGCGAUUGUUGAUGGACUGGGCGCUCUCCAGCAAGAUAAUGGCAGUUUCUGUGCCAUGCCUGAGGGGAGUGAAUGUGACAUGAGAUUUGUUUACUGUGCAACGUGCAUCAGUUACAUGCUAAACAACUGGAGUGGAAUGGACGUAGAGAAAACCGUCAAAUAUAUUCAAGCUAGCUUGACAUACGAAGGUGCCUUGGCUCAGGGUCCAGGAUUGGAAGCUCACGGUGGCCCCACAUUUUGCGGCAUUGCCUCUCUGAUCCUGAUGGACCGACUGGACGUUGCCUUUACCCCCAGACAGCUGGAGCGGCUGAAACGGUGGUGCGUCUGCAGACAGCAGAGUGGCUUUCAGGGAAGACCCAACAAACCGGUGGACACGUGCUACUCAUUCUGGGUUGGGGCUACGCUGCAGUUGUUAGACAUGUUUGACAAGACUGAUGCCAGGUUCAACAGAUCGUACAUCUUAGAAACACAAUCAGACAUCACUGGUGGAUUCGCUAAGUGGCCUCAAAACAGUCCAGAUGCCCUGCAUGGUUAUUUCGGAGUGUGUGGAUUGUCACUGAUAGGAGAAGCAGGACUCUUACCUCUACAUGCUGCUCUCAACAUCAGUCAGAGAGCUGCUGAUCAUCUUCAUGUCAUCCAGAGAAACUGGUCAAAUCCAUCCUGUUUUCUCAUCUAGCGAUAACAAACAACAACGAAACCUCUAUGAGGAAGGGUUUUUUUUGUUCAGUAUCACAUUGCGAUUCGCUUUGUUCACAAGUUUAUGAAAUCGUUAUACAAAGUUCUAAAUCGUUGCAUUUUAAAAUUGAUUACAAAUUUGUUGCUAAUCGGUUUUGAAUUGAAAAUGUUCUCCCACCUACAGAGAAUAAAUGACAAGACUCAUCUGUUCAUAUUUUAAGAGCACCCAAUGAGCACUUGUCGUUGGUUCUGUCGUCAAGUUCACGCCCUGGUAAAAUCAUGGUACUAAGAACUGUAUAGAUAACUAGUGGCUGAGGCAUUGAUACGCACACACUUAGGGCACAACACAAAGCACCAGCAAUCACAAACUGCCUUGUUAAAAUUCUUCGUUAAACUAUGAAAUUGUUCAGUUGAUGUUGAUGAGUUGUGACACUUCGUUUUUAUGUUUCAAGUUUAGGCAUUGUUAAAAGCUUUCUUGUAGGAAAUUGGAUAAAGUUUACUUGACCGAAUGUAGAAAUAUUUCCACAAUUGGAUUGCAACUGUUUUAUGUGUAACACAUUUUACUAUGUUUGUACUAUCGAAAGAUAGGCAGCAGGGGUGCAGAAAUGGAAAAUAUUUCACUAACCCGCUGGACCAGAACUAACUAAAACUCACCAGAAUUUCUACUAGUCCGGCAGCCUAGAAAAUAUACUUUUGUUUAGCAAUAUUUUAAUAUAUAUUUAAUGACAAAAACAUUAAGGACACUUCGUAAGUUAUCAACAUCACAUGGCAAAAGAAAGAAAUCAAACCCUAAAAGUUGAUUGACAAAUCAAUACAUGUUGAAAUAUUCUGAUCAAGACGUUAUUCACAUUUCUUUCAUAUAGAUUUACAAAAUUUACUUAUCGUUAACAUACUUUCAACGUAAACGACAAAUUUUUAGGAACUAUUGACCUUUGACAGGCCCCGUUUCCUGGGAAUUAGGCUAAAUAAAUAACUCAUCCAUCAUAAUUUUGACUUGCAUUUGCUGAGCGCGGCAAGUACUUUCUGCACAGCCAUAAUUUUCUUCUCUCUUUGUUUUCAUCCAUUGCUUCCCAGCUGGCUGGGAUGUUCGGAUGGUGUAUUCUAAACAAAUGUUCAAUUAAAACAACUUGUUUUGGAUUAGCAGUUAGUGUUAAGUUAUUAGUGGUUAGUCAUUUUAAAUUUAUAUAAAAAACCCACCUAAUAUUAGAGGUAAUAAAAGUCACACAAAUGGGAUAUUGCAUUUAGCCUAGUUGCAAUAUGAUUUCUGUUGUACGGUACCCAUCUCACGGUAAGCUGUUAUGGAAGUAGAACAGUUUUAUUGUACACAACAAUUUCUAGGGGUGAGAAGUCACUGAAUGAUCUCUAUUUUACUGUGCCUGUCUUCAAAGUGAUUGUAAACUGGAUUACUAUAAUUGUGACAUUCUUUUCACAAAUUAGAACCAUAGCCCAUGUUUUCAACAUGUAAAUUUUGCGAACAAUCGUUGGUAUCUGCAUGUAACAAAAUGUACAUAUAAAUAUUUAUUACCCAUAUGGUUAAAAAUAUUUUGGUACAUAUCAAAAUGAUACGUCCCACUAGAAUGCCAAGUGGGACGUUACACUUUUGACGUCAUACGAUGACAUCAUUGAUUGGCGUACUGCAACCUUACAGGAA